AUGGUUCACAUACCAACAGUUUUCUUCUAUUUCGAACUGUUCACGGACAUUAUGGGUAUAUUGGGUAACGCGCUCAUCCUUUGCUUUCUGUUCUUCAACAAAGUCGGUUCCAGAUUGACAACAUUGUUGAUGAAAAAUCAAUUCACAUUUGAUGGACUUGUUUCGGUGUACGCAUUAGUCUCUUUGGUCAGUCCCGAUAGGGCCUCGAACAUGCAAUCCUGGAUUGCCCCAAUCCAUUGCCAUGUGUGGGUCAGUCGAAGUCUGUUCUGGUUCAUGGUCGUUCUGAGUGAGACCAACCUAGUGUGCAUCGCUGUCGAUCGGCUACGAGCAAUUGUGUUCUCGCAGUCAUAUAAACAAAAUGAACGUAUAACCACAAUCGUGAUCUAUGUGUUCGUCUUCUCCUACGCGUUGUUGAACGCAAUUCCUGCGACAUUUCUGGUCAAAUAUAGACAGAGAAAGUGUGAACACAUUGUGGAACAUAUUCACUCGAACGAAUUUAUUCAUUUUCUUCUAUUUGCGGCCUAUGUGUGGCUGAUUUUCGGCUAUCUACUUCCUGCCACAGUGAUGGCAUAUUGUCAUGUUCAAAUUAUUUUGAAAACCAAGAUAAUUUGGGUACCCAAAUUGAGUCAGUUCCACGAGUUUAUUGCGAACGAUCGUUUCUCUGCGGAAUCCGUACAAACCCAAAGCUCUAUUAAAUCGAAUGGAAAGGCCAGUGGAUUCAAUCGGGCGGUCACCAUUCCGGCUAUAUUCAUGUGGGCUGUAUUCAUGCUCACUCACGCAUACAAAGUGAUCCAUUUCUUGUUGUACGCACAUGGGGCGAUUGAUUUCGGGUCCCAAGGUGUGGAACGUCGUCUCGGAACAUUUUUAACUAUCGUGAACAGUGCACUCAAUCCGCUCAUAGUGACCGUAUCUAGCCCGCCAUUUCGCAAGCAAUUGUUUGUUUUUCUGUGCACGUGUAGGUGCUUCCGAAACAAGUGGACAGGACGAGUGUCCGCCGGUUCGGGUUCAAAUCCCAUCGGGUCUGGUAUAUACACACUAUCUUCAGCAACGAGAGCAAGUACAAUUGAGUAG